UCUCUUCCACUUUUUACUGGGUGACUGCGCAGCUGCCAUGUUGGUUGCUAUGCUGCUGCCUGUCUGAGGGCAGGCGGGCGGGAAGGAAGGAAGGAAGGAGGGAGGCUGGCUCUGGGGAGGGGAGAAAGACGGAGGAGGCGGCGGUGGCUGCUAGUCCUCGUCCCCCCAACCCCCUCCUCUAGGCACAGACAGGCAAAGCCCUGCUGAAUAGCUGCUGCUUCGUUGCCCCCCCUCCCCCAGAGCUGCAGGAAAAGGAAGAGAGAGAGAAGGAGAAAGCCUCAUUGGGGGGGCCGGUGGGAGGCGAAGUCGGGGGAACCCUCCCCUCAUAUAGAGGGGUGACUGCCGAAGCCCCUUUCCCCUCCCCUCCCUUGACUCCCCAGUGGGUGGGGAGGGGGAAGGUUGCAUUGCCUUCCCCCUCUCCUUCCUCCCAUCUGCCCACCCCAUCCUUGCCUUUCUGUCUGCAGUAGGAAUGUGGGGGGGCUUUGAGUUGAGAGUGGGGCGCUCACUGCAACGGCUGUUGGUGACCCCCCAUCCUUUUUGCUUGCUGCUGCCUGGAGCUACACGAACUAAAUUGAACUGAGCUGAGCUGCGGAUUUGAACUGAACCUUUGGGGGGCGGAGACAUCCCCCCCCCCGCAAACCCCUCUUUACCUUUCGGCAUCUCCUAUUCUCCAUUGGGUUGGUUGUUGCUCCAUUAUCAUUCACUGGAAGGACGUGGCUGUUAUAUGAAGACGCUGUGUGGACAGUAAUGACCGCACGUUUCCGAUUGCCUGCUGGCAGAACCUACAAUGUUCGAGCAUCUGAACUGGCACGAGACAGACAGCAUACAGAGGUGGUCUGCAAUAUUCUUCUUCUGGAUAAUACCAUACAAGCAUUCAGAGUUAACAAACAUGAUCAGGGACAAGUUUUGUUGGAUAUAGUUUUCAAGCAUCUUGAUCUGACUGAGAGAGACUACUUUGGUUUACAAUUGGCUGAUGAUUCUACUGAUAAUCCGAGGUGGCUGGACCCAAACAAGCCAAUCAGGAAACAGUUGAAGAGAGGAUCUCCUCACAGUUUGAACUUCAGAGUCAAAUUUUUUGUAAGCGAUCCUAAUAAGCUUCAAGAAGAAUACACACGGUACCAAUAUUUUUUGCAAAUUAAACAAGACAUUCUUACUGGAAGAUUGCCCUGCCCUUAUAAUACUGCUGUACUGUUGGCUUCCUAUGCUGUUCAGUCUGAACUGGGAGACUACAGCCUUUCAGAAAACUUCCCAGGCUACCUCUCAGACUAUUCCUUCGUCUCUGGCCAGCCUCAAGACUUUGAAAAAGAAGUAUCCAAAUUACAUCAGCAGCAUAUAGGUUUGUCUCCAGCUGAAGCAGAAUUUAGUUAUCUCAGUACAGCCCGAACCUUAGAACUCUAUGGAGUUGAAUUGCACUAUGCAAGGGAUCAAAGUAACAAUGAAAUUAUGAUUGGAGUAAUGUCGGGAGGCAUACUAAUUUAUAAGAACAGGGUACGAAUUAACACCUUUCCAUGGUUGAAGAUAAUAAAAAUUUCCUUUAAGUGCAAACAGUUUUUUAUUCAGCUUAGAAAAGAAUUGCAUGAAUCUAGAGAAACAUUAUUGGGGUUCAACAUGGUGAAUUAUCGAGCAUGUAAGAAUUUAUGGAAAGCUUGUGUAGAACAUCAUACCUUUUUCCGGUUAGACAGACCACUGCCGCCCCAGAAGAACUUUUUUGCACAUUAUUUUACUUUGGGAUCAAAGUUUCGGUACUGUGGAAGAACAGAGGUCCAGUCUGUGCAGUAUGGUAAAGAAAAGGCAAUUAAGGACAGGGUAUUUGCCAGAUCCCCAAGUAAACCUCUGGCUCGCAAAUUGAUAAGCGGGAUGGACUGGGAGGUUGUCAGCAGAAAUUCGUUGUCUGAUGAAAGGUUAGAAACUCAAAGCUUACCAUCACGUUCUCCACCCGGAACCCCUAAUCAUCGCAACUCUGCAUUUACUCAAGAGGGAAACCGUCUACGGCCAUCUUCAGUUGGACAUCUAGUGGAUCAUGUGGUCCAUACUUCUCCAAGUGAGGUUUUUGCAAACCACCGAUCUCCUUCUUCCACACAGGCCAACAGUAUCAUUCUGGAAUCAUCACCAUCCCAAGAGACCCCUAUAGAUGGCCAACCACCUGCACUGCCACCUAAACAAUCUAAAAAGAACAGUUGGAACCAAAUUAAUUAUUCACAUUCUCAACUAGAAUUGGAUAACCAUAUAAAUGAAACCUAUGAUGAUGAUUCUUCCUCAUCUCCUGAAAAAUCUACGCCCAAUGGUGGAAUUCCCCAUGACAAUCUCGUUCUAAUCAGAAUGAGACCAGAUGAAAAUGGAAGAUUUGGUUUCAAUGUAAAGGGUGGAUAUGACCAGAAGAUGCCUGUCAUAGUGUCCAGGGUGGCUCCAGGAACACCUGCAGAUGUUUGUGUCCCUCGUUUGAAUGAAGGAGACCAGGUUGUACUGAUUAAUGGCAGGGAUAUAUCGGAACAUACCCAUGAUCAAGUUGUCAUGUUUAUUAAAGCUAGCUGUGAGCGACACUCAGGGGAACUUGUGCUCCUAGUUCGACCCAAUGCUGUUUAUGAUGUGGUAGAAGAAAAGCUGGAGAGUGAACCAGACUUCCAGUACAUCCCUGAGAAGUCUGCACUAGAUGGAGUCCACCAGGAUGACAACGCUCUGAGGGAAUCAAUGUUUCAGCUGGCAGAGGGGCUUAUCACUGGAACUGUCCUGGCUCAGUUUGAUCAACUUUACAGGAAGAAGCCUGGGAUGACAAUGUCUUGUGCCAAAUUACCUCAAAACAUUUCCAAAAAUAGAUACAGAGACAUUUCGCCUUAUGAUGCUACACGGGUCAUUUUAAAGAGUAAUGAUGACUACAUCAAUGCAAAUUAUAUAAAUAUGGAAAUCCCUUCUUCCAGUAUAAUUAAUAAAUACAUUGCCUGCCAAGGCCCUUUACCCAACACUUGCCCUGAUUUUUGGCAGAUGACUUGGGAGCAAGGCUCAUCUAUGGUUGUUAUGUUAACCACUCAAGUGGAACGGGGCAGAGUAAAAUGCCAUCAGUACUGGCCAGAGCCCAGUGGAAUCUCCUCAUAUGGGAAUUUCCAGAUCACUUGCCAUUCAGAAGAAGGAAAUCCUGCUUAUGUCUUCAGAGAGAUGACACUGUCUAACUUGGAGAAAAAUGAGAACCGUCAGCUCACUCAGAUCCAGUAUGUAGCAUGGCCUGAUCAUGGGGUUCCUGAUGAUUCCAGUGAUUUCCUGGAUUUUGUAUGUCUCGUCCGGAAAAAAAGAUCUGGCAGAGAAGAACCUGUUGUUGUUCACUGCAGUGCUGGGAUUGGUCGGACAGGAGUUCUUAUCACUAUGGAAACAGCUAUGUGUCUUAUUGAGUGCAAUCAGCCUGUUUAUCCCUUGGAUAUUGUGAGAACCAUGAGAGAUCAAAGAGCCAUGAUGAUCCAAACGCCUAGUCAAUACAGAUUCGUUUGUGAGGCUAUUCUGAAAGUGUAUGAAGAAGAACUUGUUAGACCCUUAAAGAUAUUACUGCAUUAAUAGGAAGCAACAGAUACCUUUCAGAAGAAUCCGUGUAAGACACUGGCCGCACUUGUUGUGCCAUAACAUUGCUUGCAAGAAAUGUUGUCUGAAAAUAAUGAAGAACUGAAAUGGACUUGGAAAAACUUCAGCACUAUUGCACUUUAUGUUGAAACUGAAAAUCGAUCUUUAAAACACUAUGAUUUUUCUGUGUUGGAAGACUUUCUCUUCAUGCUUUGCUUCGAACAAACCACAGACUGAACGAACUCUGUGUAUUCUGGAUAACUUUCCAGACUUUGUUGUAGUGCCAUAUAGUCACUUUUUGUUUGAACUGCUACAAAAAAAAAAAAAGGCUUGGAACACUUUCAUUGUUUGUUUGACACCUAUCUUUUUAAAGCAACAAUACACACAAAGCCAUUUCUUCCGAUGCUAAAUUGAUUUGCUGUGUUAAGAUACUUGCUGUCUUUUAUUUUGGCAAAAUAUUAGCAAUAUUAUUUACUCUAGACACACUGCCUACUGAAGCAGCACAUUUUGCCCUAUGCCCUUCUAGAAUCUAACCUGAUUAGUAGUGGAAAGCUACAAUCUGUUCUAACCCAGCAGUAUCUGCAUAAAGGCCCGUUCAACAAGCAUUUUGUUUAGGUUUGGGUAGGAGGGACAUUUGUUUUGAACUGGUAACACUGUUUCUCAGCAUGUCAUAACAUUGGUGUGUUCUGAAACAUCAGAUGACAUUACCUAAUGGGAAUGAAUGCAUGCAUUUUGUCUUAACCCCUUAAGUGCCUUAGAUUUACAGUGUAUGUCUUAAUGACAAAGCACUUGUAUUGGCCCUAAAGGGGGAAGUAUCAUCAUUACAUUUAUUUUAGCGGGUUCACAUUUUAAACCAUGGCCCUUGGUGCUUAGAAUGUAGUACUGUACAGGGUCACAAAAAUACCAUUCCUUCUCUUUCUACAAGUACCUGCAUGCAACUAUGGCUAGCAGAAGAACCCGGUCCUAUUAAAUAUGUAAUAAUUGUUUACUACUAUGAAAUGAAGUGGAAAAUCUGACACAUUCCUUUCAACUGGUAAAAUGUUAGCAACGUGAAAUGAAAAGCCAGUAUGUUGUUUUAGAAUUUGUUCCUCUAUUUUACCCUUACACUGAGAAAAAGCUUUGUAACUUGAAUAGGUUAUAACUUCUUAAUAGCACUGAUAUUCUGCUUUAAACUUGCAAAUCCGAGAUGAGCCUUCGCCAACACAAUUGUUUUCCUUGAGUCCACAUCUGCUGUUUCUUAAGUCAUGUUUGUACUAGACUGUGCUUUUAAAAGAAAAGAAAAAAGAGUGUUGGGGGCAGAGGUUAAAAUGCUUAAAACAUGUAGUCCGCAAGUAUUUUGGGGUCUCCAUGUUUUGUGCAUUGAAAUUGUUUGUGUACCUCCUUUUAAAAGCUAUGAGCAUGUAUGCAACUGGAGGUGGUUCAUUGAUACAGUAUCUGAACUCAUUCUAGGGUUAUGUAUACAUUUUUGUCUCUUUUUUCAAAAAUAUUUCUAAGACAAUUGAAGCCAACUAGCUAGUGAGCAUUCCAGCUUUCUUGCACAGUAAGUUUGGGAUUUAAUUCUUUAUGAAGACUUAAUCUGCCCUACAUUUAAAUGUUUUGAUUAAUUGCCCAGUUAUUUUUAAGCAGGAUAUUUAGCAUACAGAAUGUGGAUAUGCAGUAUUUUUAAAAUGAGCUUUUAAAAACUAUAUCUUAUAUAGUUUUGUCUUUAUAGAUAUGGGAUUGGUUGCACCUAUGGAGGCAUCCCUUAAGCAGAGUUCUGCUCCUGUUGUCAAUAGGAGGGGGAGGCAACAUUUGCUAAUUCCACAUCUCCCUGCAGCUGCUUGCAUCCUCCAAAAAUCUCCAGAUUUGGAGAGUGCAAGUGGCUGCAGGGGAAAAACAACCUCUCCCUCCCACUUCUGCUAGUGGGAUCCCUCCCCUUGACUAAACGCCUUCCAUGGAGAGAAGGGGCCCUUCCAUUUGUCUUCCAGAUAUGGUAUAUAAAGUUUAUUCCCCAUGAGUUUAAAUUCCUUGGUGGAAAGGCCUAGCAACCUGUGCCAUGAUGCCAAAUGAAACAGAAAAUGUAAAGGCUUUAGACAAUUUUUUAAAAGAACCUUAUCAGCUGGACUGUUUUGCUUAUUUACAAAGCAAAUCUAGUAAUCUGUUUCUAGAUUUUACAUCAUUGCAUUAUUAUCCUUCAAUAUAACUAUCUUAUUAGGUUAAUGUAAAAAUGAACACCAUUGUCAGGGAAUCAGUAAUUGAUUUCUUCUACAAAACGUAUAUUUCAAUUGGUAUUAAUUAUAAUGGGCUCUUAAAAUCUAAUUCUUAACUUGUCCAGUCUGCAGGAAUACAUUUUUGUGGGUUUCACAAAUUAGAGCAAGUUCUAAAUGUGCUUUAAAGCUUCAUUGGCUUUUGGUGGUCUGCUGCUGUUCAGCAGAGUGUGAGAAGUUGUAAUGCAUUUUUAUUAUGCUUAGGACAAUUUCAGAUGGCCAAGCACAAUAUGAUAUCUACUUCCAAUCUUGCUGUGCAGUCAUCUAAGCCAUCCUUGUGUGUCAGUGUAAGCAAUGUAAAACCACUUUUAUAGAAACCCUAUAGUUCUUACCAACCAACCAACCAGUCAGAUGGCAGCUGGAGGACUCUGUUUUCAUAUGCUUGCUUCAGAAAGAAUUUAGUACCUGGAUUGUUUUCGUGCUUUUGAUUUGGAUAUUGUUUCUCGUUAUUAUUUUAUGCCAUGGUGUUGAUUAGUAAAGUAAAUAUUAAAUUAUUGCACUCCAUGCUGAUGAAUCAAUUUAUGGUCUUAACAAUUGCCAGCGUAAAUUUGGAAAUAGCAUUGCCCUUUUUAUAAACUUAUCAAAAGGAAAAUACUAGAGGGUUUAUAGCAACAUGGUAUACAUUGGUAUUUUACAUAUGCUGAUAUUCUUAAGUGAGGUUGCCAAAGCAGUUAGAAUCCAUGAGAAACAUUUAUACCACAAUGUAUAUUGUUGGGGGGUGGUGGUAAAUUUUUAGUACUUUGUGCGUUGAUCCAACAUAGAGGCAGAAACAUUAGCCGCCUUAAAGUCUCCAUCUCCCCUGAUAUAAGCUGAUUUAGGGCUUACUGUUCAGUAGCUAUGAAGAAAUAUUGAAAAAAGAUUAGUUUGGCAGGGUCACCAGCUAAUCAACAAGCUAUAGGAAUUUCCUUUAAAUGCACAUAUGGUAAAAAUAGGAUAAUAUUAAAUCAUGUCAUGAAAGCGAAUUUCCACAAAAUGCAUUUUCCCAUUGUGGUAUAAAUAGCCUUUUACUAAUAUUUUUAUAUGGCCUAAAAGUUAAUACUGCUAAUUACUUUGCAUUGGGUUAUGAAGAUCUGUAUCAAGCUAAAAAGAAAAGAAAAAUAUUUUUUGUAUGUGUUUCAUUCUGUACAAAACAUGAAUGUAUGUUUCUGGCAUAAUGACAUAUAAAGUGAUGAGUGUUAUGGAUGUUGGAUUUUAUGGAUAAUUAUUUUCUUAAUAUUUGCUAAAAAAAAAAAGAGGGGAGAAAAAAAUUGUAACACUUCCUGUUUUUUAAAAAAAAUUCAUGUUGUUUUCAUUGUAAAUAAGAGCAAUAGGGUAAUAGUUUUGUGCCAAUGUAUGUUACAGAUGUAUGUUUUUUAAUCUUGAAAACUAUGAUUAUUUAAGGUACUUUUGAAGGUUUGUCUAAUGCAGAAAUCGAUGACUCCACGACUUGUUAAAAUUGCUUCUUUGCCUUUUUAGUUGUGUGGCUUUUGGGUGUGGUGGGGGUAUACUUUGGGUUACGUUAAAUAUGAAGUACCCACAGUGUCAGUCAUUCUCUGAAGAAUAUGACUUUAAGCGAGCCAGCUGAUUAUACCACUUAGACUACAGCAUGGUCCCUCCAAAUCUUUGGGGUAGAACAUCCACCUACAGUGCUGCAUUAAUGUCCUAACAACAUUACUGCUACCAUAAGAACAAGACUGGUUCUCCUUGGUUAUAGCCAUUGGUAUUUCCUAUUCUCAAAUGUACAUGGUUAGACAACCAAGUUUAGGAUUAGGCUAUAAAGUAUGUUAACUUAAAGCAUUAUUGAUGCCUUUACUGAAGUAAUAAAGUCUACCACAUUUAUACCGCAUAGUCCAAACUAUUGUGCUGCAUUAAUUUGCAAUAAAAGUCAUUCAUGCUGCAACUUUCACUGGUAGCUUUCUCAAGGAUUUAACAAAUACUAUUUAUAAAAUAUCUUAUAGUUAGCAUAUCCUACAGUGUAGCAAUAUCCCACAGCUACCAAUUUAGAAAUGCUGCCAUCCUCUAAUCACAGAAGGCACAAAAUGCAAGUGAAGAGAGCUGAGGAGAGAGGUUUUUGACAGAACCAAUAUGGACAGCACCUUGCCACAAGCAAUGUGAAGAUAGAACUGCAGUAUAUAUGGAAGGUAGAAAAGCAGCAGAAAUGCUUCAGUUGCAGCUGUUCAGGGAGGCCAAGAAGUGGAAAAGUCAUACAUGGAAUCUCAGCAGCUAUUGCAUCUAGUGGAGCAGAACUUCACUAGAUAGUUGGAAAGGGUCUGUUUGAUAGGAUGCAGAAUUACAAGUUUCUGGCCAGCAAUUGGCAAUGGAUGGUUCCCAAAGCUUCCAAAAGUUUUGUAGGAUGUCUAGCCCUACAGCAUAUUAACCCAUGUGCAAGUGCCCUUCCUCACUCUUUGACUCAAAAAGGAGUGAAGGCAUCUGGUACUAUGUGCAGAUUUCCCCACCCCGAUUAUUGGUCUUAAAUUUACCUGUAGUUAGGAAGAUUCACAAACUAUUUAGGUUUGCAUGUGAUGUGCAAGGGAAAGUACUGCACAUUAUGUAAAACCUCCUCUGUAUGUUCUAGAAUGAUGACCACAGUCUAGUUAUCUUCAUGUAUAUUUCACCACUAUAUGUUAACAGAUAUACUGGGCUUAUGGCAAUGCAAAUAUUCACACAGAGAGAAUACAAGAAGAAGGCAAUGGGGAAGACCUCACAUUGUAUUGGUUAAUACACUAAGACUUUGGAUUUGACAGAGUGGAAACAAGUGGAGAGGUAGAAUGUUACUACAGCUCCUUUUCUUCUCCACUAGCCCCUGUGGCUGUUGUAAUAGUACUCUUCAUUGAUAAGAGAAUCAAGUGAAAUGUAUUCUCUUCACUUUGUGCAGUACCACUUUAAGCAGUCAGUCUCCAUCACUGCAGUCCUACAUCCAGUUGAGUGUGCUUAGAAACUUUAUUAGGUGUACGAAACUAGCUGACGGGCCAACUUAGUGCAUGCACUUAAUUGAAAAUGAAUUCCUUUUGCCAAUUGGAUUUGUUUCCAAAUAAAUGAAAGAGAGAGAUGUCGUAAACACAAAUGCAGUGUCUUGGAUCCAAAGUUCCUCUUGUGUAAGUGGGAAGCCCUUCUGCUUGUAUAAGUGCCACCUCACAAUUUCUGCUGAUUGUCCUCCUGCUACAGACCCUGCACCAUACCCCAUGCCAUUCCGGAGACUCCCAACCUUCAGGAGUGGGUUUUGGAGGCUGUAGUGAAGAGGAAUCGGUGUGAAAGCCCAAAUCUUUGGAUCCAGAUUGUUGUCUUAAAUGGCAUGUGAUUUAUGAUCUACAGAUCAUAAUCUUAAAUUUAAAUGCCUCAAAGGAAAGAAACAUUGGGGACAGAUGCGAAAUCAUGAUAAAGUCCAUUGUAUAACAAAGUAGCAUAUUGAUUUUUUUUUUAAAAAAAAAGAUAGAGAAGUAUGUUAAGAUAAAUAUUGGAAGUGCUGGAAAACAGUUAUAUUUGCAUUAAGCAGUCACGUGGCCAAGCUAGAAAUAUAAUCCAAAGCUGAAAUGGUUGUUUCUCAAUCUUCUGAAUGGUAUAGUAAAAAGAAGAGAAAAAAUUCAUCUUUGUGCAGGACAAUUGCCUAUCUGGAGCUUUGAUGGUUAAAUUUUAAAAUCCAUAGGCUUUAAAUGUUCCUCCACAUCGAUUGCAAUCAGGUUGAUAGAAUUUUAAAGAUAUAUUUAGGGAAACAUUACCAAUGGUGAAAUUAUAUUGCCUUAAACCAAAUGUUACUGGCAAAUGGUUUAUGUGUACAAGGAGAUUUGAAGACCACUAUGUUAAUACUUUGGAAAUGAUUAUUUAGAAAUGAAGUAGUUACUUGGGAAAUGAAGAGACUUUGACUGACAAUACUGCUGGUGGAAUUACUUGAUAUUUAACACAAUUUUAAAUAUAUUUCUUUUAUCUAAAUUUCUUGAAUUUCAAAAUAGUAGCACUUUAUCUAAUGCUUUACUACUGACAGAAUUUUUGGACAAAACAAAUUUGAUAUCAGAUUGGAGAGUUGCUUAAUUGAUUCCUGUGCAGAGUUGAUUGGGGUUGUUCAUAGUAUGAAUGUGUUAUCAGUGUGCUAUCUUUCUAGCUUGUUUCCAUUUGUUUAAACACACAUUUCAGUAUAUCUAAAAUCUUAGUCUUAUCAGUUGCAAAUGAAUCCUAAAUAUUAAUGCCUGUGUCUCAACCUGUGGUACUAGUACAGCAUCAUUUCUUAUGAUGUUCUACCAGUGCUGUUAUUGAUACAUUAAGCAUUUUUCUCUGGACUAGGUUUUAGAAUUGCAAUCCUCAUAAAUAACGAUACUAAAAAAAUCCCCACUAAAGAGCUGAUUUUAAAUUCCUUUUGAUUUUCUCAGUGUCUCACUUGAAUAAACCAUUUAGUAUGGCUAGGAUCCAUUGGGCUUUGCAGAGAGUUUGCCCAUGUCCAGCACAGUUACUUGGGCUACCUUACACGCUACUCCCAGGCUUGGAACAACCCAAGGUGCUCUUUGGAUGCUAAUGUAUAUUCCUGCUUAGAAUUAUUUUUAAAAUAUUUGCUUAAAAAUCUAGAAAUCAGGAAGCUUUUUGUACUUAAGUUCUAAAUUGCAUGUUAAGAAUAGGUAAUGCACACACAAAAAAUAGGUAAUGUACAAAGAAUAGUUGGGAAACAGGCAGUUCUUUUAGGCAGAGGCUCUAAUAUGAUUAGAGGAGUUAAAACAGAACUAAUUUGCUUUUUACUCUUUCUAUUAGAAUAUAUUGCCUAAUUUCCCAGUGCAGUUAUUUCCCAAUAUUAGGGACUGGGCUUCAAGUUUAACAAUAAUUCAUAUGGAUACUAAAAUCAGUGAUCUGGUUCUCCUAGCAAAUUCUAAAAGGACAUUUUUGUGUUUGUGUGUGGGUUGGGUUUUUUUUUGUUUAUUUUCUGGCACAGGUGCUAUAGUAUAUGUGUAAAUAUAAAGGGUGUAAAUCCAAUCUUGUGUCUGGAUCAUAUUCAUAGUCCUAUGAAUAGCCAUAUUUAUUUAUUUUUGUUGCUACUGUUGCUAGUGGAAAUGAGUUUGCAUUUCUUCUGUGACUUUGCAUUGUCCAGUUCAACUGGGUCUUGUGCUGCCUAGUGAGUUGGCUUCAAGCAUCUCAGUAGGUCAUCUAGAAAUCCCAAUAUUAUUGUGAAUCUUCACACAAACUUGUUCCCAUAUAAACAGAUUUGUCUUUGAAUUUGUGUGUUUACAUUUUAAAAUAAAGGUUAUUCAGCCAUGAGCCUCUACCCUAAGCAGCAGGAGUUGUGCUCAGUUGAAAAAAAAACAUGCACUUGAAUUUGGUCAACACUGGACAAUGUGAAAAGUAUUCAGCGUUCAUCACUGCAGCUACUGUAUGCUUUAAAAGGGCCUUAUGUAUUUUGCCUGCAUUGGAGUAAAAGGAGAGUUCUUGCCAUUAAUAAGGUACACUAAUGUUCUACAUACUAUACCAGCAGCUCCCCAGAGGGGAAAAAAUAUAUAACAUUUAACAAAUCUUGUUUUUAGUCUUAAGAGCAACUUCAUUCUGUUAUGUGAAAUAUAUGCUGUUAUACAUAUUUUGUGAAUAUAUUUAAUUUUGAUUGACAAAUAGUUGUCUAGGUACAAACUUGAAGAAAAUAUAUAGUUUACUUGUGGAUCUUAAUUGUUUAAUUGCAAAAUAAAGAUGUGCUUUAGUAAUUUAAA